GAACCUCGUUACAGAAUGACUCGGUCAGUCAAGCCAAAGUAAGUAGGUCCACAGCGUUCAUUUUUUCAGAACAUUUCCGUUUCCAUAUCACCUCUUCACCAUGCCGAUCCUUGGGCUGGCCCCCUCUACCACUCCAAUAAAACCCGCGCACUUUGAUAUCGAAAAAGUCAUUCGGCCAAACAUCCUCGCUCUCCAUCCUUACCGAUGUGCACGCGAUGACUACCAAGAGGGAAUCCUCCUCGAUGCAAAUGAAAACGCUCUUGGACACUCUAUCCCCAGAUCGUCCAACCAGAUUCAGCAGGAGAUUUCGUCGACGCUAGACGCUGACUUAAACCGAUAUCCCGAUCCCUCUCAUGGCGGGAUAAAAUCUCGCAUCGCAUCUCUAAGAUCGCUACCCGGAAAUGAUCAUGUAUUUCUGGGCGUCGGAUCUGACGAGGUCAUUGAUCUCUUGAUGCGGGUUUGCGUUGCACCUGUAAACGAGAAGAUUCUGAUCACCCCGCCCACUUACGGAAUGUAUUCCGUCUGCGCGCAAGUGAACGAUAUUGGGUUAGUUCGCUGUAACCUCAAUCUGAGCGGCAGCGAAGGGGAGGGUGGAGAACACGGUCGAUUUAGCUUGCUAGUUGAUAAUAUAAAAGCAGCUGUCUUGGCGGACCCUUCUAUCAAGCUCAUUUUUCUCUGCUCACCAGGGAACCCAACGGGUACCCUGAUUAGUCUGGCAGCUGUCAAAGCAAUAUUGGACUACGAGCCAUUCAAAGGUAUCGUGGUUGUUGAUGAAGCGUAUAUCGACUUUUCUGGUGAGGGUGCCAGCGCUGUAUCCCUGAUCCAAGACUAUGCCAAUUUGUGCGUAAUGCAAACUCUGAGCAAAAGCUUUGGCCUAGCUGCAAUUAGGCUCGGUAUCGCCCUUGCACAGCCGCCGUUAAUUCAAGUGCUCACAAACACAAAAGCCCCAUACAAUAUUUCCACUCCAUCCGCUCAGUUAGCGCUCGCUGCGCUGAGUGAGGAGGCAAUUCAAAACAUGCAUUUGAAAUGCCAAACGCUCGUAGAGUCACGGAAACAGCUGCAAAAGUCUCUCUCUCGUCUUUCUGCCCUCGGUGUAGGAGACGCCAUUGGCGGCAACGAUGCAAACUUCUUAAUUGUCCCCAUCCUCAAUAAAGAAACCAGACUUCCUGACAACGCUCGGGCAAACGCGAUUUAUACAGAGCUGGCCGAGAAGAAAGGAGUUGUAGUGAGGUUCAGAGGUAAAGAGGCUGGAUGCGAUGGAUGUUUGAGAAUCACUAUUGGGACUGCCGAGGAGAACGUGACACUGCUUCGACAAAUGCAGAGUGCUUUGAAUGACUAUUAGCUGUGCGAGGCGAUGAUUCUGUAAACGUUACUAGAUCAGAGUCGACCUCUUCUGGGGGGGUUUGCUUGCCAAAUAAAGAUGUGUUCUUACGUGUCAAUAGCAUCUCGCGG